CCCGUCGAACGCCGAGAACCAAUCGAAGAUAAUCUAGGAGUCCAGCAUUCCAUUCUGUCAAAAAACAAACAAACAAGAAAAACAUUUCGGUUUUGCAUAAUAGCAACACACGACAAUGCGUUUCGCAAACGCGUGUUGAUCCUGCAGUGAACUGAAGUCAGCCUGCUUACUGAACCGUAAACGCGUAAAGGAAGCGCAGGAAAUCGCAGUUUAACUUUGAAGACAGAAAAAAAAAAAAAGAGAAAAUACAGCCAAGCACCGCCGGACAGGACAGCAGGUCUAACCGAGUCGCGUUUCUGAAAUAGGAAUCCUAUACUGAUUAUUGUAUAUCAUUAGUUAUUACCGAACAAUUAACAGCAUCGACAGCAAUAGCCUGGAUCCUGUCAGUUGUUUUGUUUUUUUUUUUAAUAGUUUAUUUCCUUGUUUUUUGCACAACAUACACCAGACGACGUGUUUUUGGUUUUAAAUUUAAAACCAGUCGGUUGUUUUAAGCGAUAUUGCUGUUUGUCUUUAUAAGAUCGUUUACCCGUAGCCUAUCCGUGUGGUAAUGUCGGGGUCACUUGUUUAGUUUCACUUUGUGUUUUCACAGUAAAUCAGCUUUUAAACGACACGUUUUAUUGUGAAGUGAAGCGACCAGGUAUUUCUUGUUCUGAAUCUGGUUUUCUAAAAAAAAAAAAUAUAGUUUUCCCGUUGCUAAGUUUGUUUUGUGUUCGGGUCAUACUUUUGUUACCAGUUUUAAACGGAACUACACGCCCAUUUAUAUCAGUAUUUCACCCGGGCCCGCAGUAUAAUCAACAAGGCUUUGUGCGUAUAAUUGUACUUUAUCACGCGGUUUAUGUUAUGUGUGUUUUAUCUGUGUAUCCUGAUGGUGUUUACAUCUGUUAAUACAUCGAUAUUUUUAUGACUUUUUAAUUUGUAUUUGUGUUUUGCUAUUUAGAACGUGCCUAAAAAGCCAUUUUUUUUAAGUUUCAAAAGAUACAGUUCAACACCUAAUAAAGUAAACUUUAUUAUAAGGCUUAACAUGUAUAGUGUUUAAUAAUACUAAUAAUAAUAAUAAUAAAUAAUAAUAAUAAUAAUAAUAAUAAUAAUAAUAAUAAUAAUAACUUUAAAUUGAUAAGGUUAAUCUGACUUUUGGUUGGCUGUUUCAUAAAUAUACUGCUUUCUGGAGAGACACAAGUUCGCAACCGCUUCCCUGAACCCAGCGGUUUUUUCUCGGACCCCUGGCCGUCUGAAAUGAACCCGAACCCCGCUGACCACCACGUAGAGCUGGACGAGUUCGCAGCGCCGGCCGGGGCGGAGGGCACACUGCGGUCCUACAAAGCGCGAGUUGAGGCUAUUUUCAGGGUCGCGUUUAAUAUCCUCGGGGUCCUUUCUACGGCAGGGGAGCCCUGCAGCUCACACAGCGCGGACUGUAACGGGGAGGACCAGCAGACAUGGCUGCAGCUCAGAGGGAGACGGGCCGACGUGCAAGCAGCCAAGGUGUUUAUCAGGGGGCUGUGCUCCCAGGAGCUGCAGAUGGAGGUGCUGUACCCCCGGGACCUGCACUGCGUCUUCACCGGAGCCCGGCAGCUCUUCCUGGAGUGUCUGAUCAGAGGGAGCAGCGCAUUCAUCGUGGUGGGGUCUCAAGGUCAUCUAAUCCUCUUGGGCCUCACUGAGCCUGUGGUUCUGGCCAGGAGCAGGAUUCUGGACCUGGUGGAGAAGUACAAGCACAACCAGUGCUUACCAGAACCACGUGAAACGGCCACCAAGAACAGAUUCAAAACGCUGGUGGAGAGCAGAGCAGACAAGCACACCCUGGACCUGCUGUUGCUGCCCAGCGCUGUGAAGGAGGAGCUGCUGGAGCUGGCAUCGGCAUGCACGGAGCCGGGGAGCCCCAGACUGAAGCACAGAGCCUGCGCCCCCACUAUGAACACCCCCUCUGUGACACAGCAGGCUGAGGAAUCCACAGAACCCCAAUUUGACAUUUUGUACCCACCAUGGAUGGACCCCCAAACACCACCGUUGGACCCUCGUCAUCCCCAACUGCACCAGGUCUCGGACAGCCUGCCCCUCUCCUCCAGCACGGAGAAGGAGUCUCAGAUCCUGCUCAAGUUCUUCACCACCAUGGGCUACCAGGAGGAGGUGGUGGGGAAGGUGCUGGCUGAGUCUGGGCUGGUGGAAGCCUCUCAGAUUCUGGACAGGAUUCAGCAGGAGCAGGAGAGCAGUUUCCCGGAGGAGGAAGAGGAGCCCGACUUGGGCAGCGACGACUUCGUCUUGGGGGUCAUCAAAUCGGCAGCUGCGCGCUGUGGCUACACGGAGGAGGAGGUGCUGGAGGUGUACAAGGAGUCAGGAGGGGCCUCCAUUCACGGACUCCUGGCUCAGCUACAAGCAGACAGGGAGGGGGAGGCUGGGGGCCCCCAGUCCCACAAUGCUGGGAGAUCGACGGACAGAGGAGCCGUGGGACCAGAGCGUGCUACUAAACCCAACAAACUGGAAGAAUCUCGGGAGACAAUGGAGGAGAGGGAAGUGGAGACCAGAUUGGAUCACUACAGCAACCAGAUUAUGAUGGCUUACCAACAUUUAGAAGAAAAUAACAAGAAGCCUGACCAAGCUGUGGGAGUCUACCAGGACCAAACUCUAAACCAGCGAGACACGGACCUUGAUUUCCUUGAUCAAGCUCCUCAGUGCACAUCCAAAAAGAACCGCGCUAAAGCCGGCAGCCCCCCUUUGCUUGACCACACCAGGCCCAAAAUGGACAGGUGUUCCCUACCGACUGUGAAAGGCCCCCCUCACAACUUCUACAACUCGGAGAAGCAAGACAGCCCCCUGCUGGACCCCCAGCUGAAUUGUCCAGCGAGGGGGGGCAAGGCAGUGCGGGGUAAAAACAGGAAGAGAACCCCUGAGAGGGGGGUCAUGGUGACAGGGCAGCAGCGCUAUCUGGAGGCCCUGCAGACGCCCUUUGACCUCAGGCUGACCGACGCCCCCGGAGAGGAGAGCCUUCGACACGUGAUCAUCGAUGGGAGCAACGUGGCCAUGACGCAUGGUCUGGGGCAUUUCUUCUCCUGUCGAGGGAUCGCCCUGGCGGUGCAGUACUUUUGGAAUAAAGGACAUAGAAACAUUACUGUCUUUGUACCCCAGUGGAGACAGAAGAGAGAUGCCAGAAUCAAAGAACAGAAGUAUCUGACAGAGCUGCAGAAUGUGGGUCUGCUCUCCUACACGCCGUCGAGAGAGGUGGAGGGGAAGAGGAUCACUGCGCACGAUGACCGGUUCAUGCUGCAGUUAGCGGAGAAGGCAGAUGGAGUGAUCCUGACCAACGACAAUCUCCGAGACUUCAUCGAUGAGUCCCCGGCCUGGAGAAACCUGAUCAAGAGAAGGCUGCUUCAGUACACGUUUGCCGGUGACCUCUUCAUGGUACCAGAUGAUCCAUUGGGCAGAAGUGGACCGCACCUGGACGAAUUCCUGUCUAAAACACACGGAUCCCCAGCUGCGGGCAGCCACACAUACGCAGGCAGAGUUCCAAUCCCAAUCUCUUCCCCACCAAGAGCCCAAACUGAGGUCCUGCAGUACCGAGACCACGCACUAGGGGGAGCUGCGGGAGUCCCACAGUACAGGGGCAGGCCAGCAGAUUUAAGCAGAGAAGCAGGACAGCAGUACCCCAGCAAGCCAGCAGGUGUCAACAGAGUAGAGAAAGGACUCCUGCAGUACCCCAGCAGGCCAGCAGAUGUCAGCAGAGCAGAGACAGGACUGCAGUACCCUACCGGUCCAGCAGGUGUCAGCAGGGAGGCCCUAGAGGGUCACACAGGGCAUAGGAGAGCACAGGAGACCGAAUGCUUGAAGCAGCAGCUGUUGGAAGUCUUCUCUGAUCAGGAAAGUGCCGUGGACAUCGUGUUGAACUGCAACCCGACUGUCCGCGAUGUGAACAAGCUUUCAGAAAUGAUACUCGGCUUUGAGAUGUGAUUUGUGUAUUUGAACUGUAGUGGGCUCUGACUGGGCCAGACCCUGCUUCUGCAUAAUUUGUCAUUCUGCUCCCAGUACCCGAAGAAGAAAUGCUGACCAGAUCACAAUCACAGUCAAAAAAAAAAAAAAAAGUGAACAUUUUUCUGGACUCUUUGGAAAGAAAUCUUGUCAGGUUAAGGGUUGUGGACCAGCUGCAGAGAGCAGACAUGUUUGAGAGCUCUAUUGAAGACAUUACACACUAUUGUUAUGCUUAUGUGUUUAUAAUGUGGAUAGUGCAUCGGCCACAUGGAACUCACCUGAUUUAAAAGGCAACAAUUUGUUUUUAAUUGAAAGUACUCUGGAGAUUAUACACACAGCACAAUCGAAUAGUGUGAUUUAAAAGUUUAACCAGCUUUCAGUUGAAAUGUGUUGGUCCAGUGAGACCUUAAAGGAAAAUUAUUUGGAACCACCCAUCCCUAAUAAUAUAUAUA